GGAUCAGCCAACAGCCGAAGAAGGCAUGACACAAGUUUUAAAAGAGUGCACUGAUGUUCAUUGCCACCUUACUGAUUCCACACCCACACUCGAUGAUAUUGGCAAACUUCCAGUAUCCAAGAUCAUUCUAAUGGGCACAAAAUUGGACAAUUGGGCACUGGUGGAGCAGACAGCAGUCCAAUUUCCAUCCAAAGUGAUUCCAGCCUUUGGCAUUCAUCCAUGGAUGUCAUCCUCAUCAGUGCCGCCAUAUUCCACAUGGACAGCAAACGAAACGUUAAAUCCAGCAUUGCCAACUGACACCGAGUCAGAAGUAUCUGAUAUUCAGACACCUUCACUGGUUCCAGAUACACAAUGGUUGAAUGAUCUCAAAGCAUUACUACUCAAACACCCGCAGGCGAUUGUAGGGGAGAUUGGAUUGGAUGGUGCAGCCAAAGACAGAUCCACGGGAGAACUCUAUUCAAUGGACCAACAGAUGCAAGUUUUCCAGGCUCAAAUGCAAUUGGCAAUAGAGUUGGAGCGACCAGUGAGCAUGCAUGCAGUCCACGUCCAUAGUCAGAUUACUCAUUACUUUCGCGAUAUGGACAAAAUCUGUGGAUAUAUCAAGGCUCAGAGGAAACGAAACGGUCGAGAUUGGAAUGAAUCUUUUCAACAUGAGAGCGACCGUCUUCCAUUCCCACCAGCUAUUAUGAUGCACUCAUUUACCGCAUCCAAAGAGAUUGGACAAAGUCUGGUCAAACUCCCACACAUUGGAUCUCGAUUCUAUUUUAGCUUCAGCACAAUUGUGAAUGCUCGUGGAAAGAAGUUUGAAGAUCGAGUGCGAUCUAUUCCACACGAUAGAAUUCUGAUUGAGUCGGAUGUGAGCAAUGCAGCCGACGAGAUGAGUGCCAUGCAGUCUAUAUGCCAGUCAGUGGCAGAUAUUCGAGGAUGGACAAUGCUAGAAACUGCACAGAAAACAACUGCGAAUGCAAAUGCGUUUCUACGAUCUUGCUCAAGAAUUGUUUAGUAACGAUCGAGUCUUGUAAUGAAUGUCGCAAUAUCUCGCUUG